AUGUGGUCUGUGGCGAAAUAUGGCGAAAUUUCAUGACCUGAAUUUACUUCACACACAAGACCAGAAUAGCCUACAGGAAUCGAUUAAAACACUUAUCAAAACCGGUUAUGAAGUUGUUGCCGUCAAUCAUGUGGUAACUUCAUUGGACAAGAAGAUGGUACAGAAUGCACCACCUCCAAUGGAAAUUCAGGAAUCAGUUACAGCUCCAUUAAAAAUGAGGGCAAAGACAUUCAAGCAGUUAUCAAGAUUAACACUGAUUCUCUCAGACAUGCAAACUUAUCGAAUCAAUUCUGAUGCUGUGCAGUCCUACGAUAUUCUGGCUGUGCAACCAACAACAGAAAAGUUAUUUCAGCUUGCAUGCACACAGUUAGACAUUGAUAUAAUUCAGGUGAACAUGACCGAAAAGAUGCCCAUGUUGAUUCGCAUACAUCCAGUAAAAGCUGCAUUGGAGAGAGGUGUAUAUUUUGAAAUAGUAUAUGCACCAGCAGUGAGAGACUCCACAGCAAGAAAAAAUAUAAUAUCUAAUGCACUGUCUUUGAUGUUUAUGUGUAAAGGUAAAAACAUCAUCAUAUCAAGCCAAGCUGAAAAUGCAAUGGAAAUCAGAGGACCAUAUGAUGUUGCUAACUUAGGAUUUCUGUUUGGAUUGAAUGAAGCCCAGUCAAAAGAUGCAGUAUCAAUGAAUUGUAGAUCAGUUUUACUCCAUGCAGAAACCAGAAGAAACACGGCCAGGGGAGCACUUUCCAUCAGUAAUAUAUCCGAUAUUUCAGAAAGAGAUGCUUGGAAAAUAAAAGAACAUAAAUCUUCAAAUCCAUCAAUUGCCAGUAAUCAUCAAACUGAUGAAGAAGAGAGUGAUGAAGAGAAAUCUUGUACAAGAAAAAAGAAAAAACAGAAAACAAAGAUGUGAUAGUUCAUAUAUUCUUUUUUUAUUUUUUUAAAG